AUGAGGUUCUCCAGAGUUCAUAAAACCAGGCAAGUAGAGGAGGGAAAGAUCCCACUGCUCCCAGGACCGUGCAUUACCCUGUUAGAUGCCAGAGAAGCCGCGCUGAAGACCCUCGAGAUAAAUACGUUUCCUCCCCAAUCUUCAAGCUGUUGGGUGUUCCUUGCUUUUGGGAGGUGCUUUAAAUGUGACUGCCAGAGCCGUGGGCUGCUGAGAGCAGAAGCUGGCUGCACGAUGCUGAGCUCGGGGCUUCCUCCCCUUCUCCUGUUCCUCACGGCUCUGGAGCAGAGCUGGUCCCUGAGCGAUGAAGAAAAGAAGAUAAUCUUGGAUGGGCACAAUAAAUACCGCUCCCAGGUCUCUCCUCCUGCUAUGGACAUGCUGAAGAUGACCUGGGACACGGAGCUGGAGGCCUUUGCUCAAGCCUACGCGGAGAAAUGCAUCUGGGACCACAACAAGGAGAGGGGCCGACGAGGGGAAAAUCUCUUUGCUAUGGCCCCAACCUUGGACCUGGAGUUCGCCGUGGAAGACUGGAACGCGGAGGAGAAAUACUACAACCUGACGACUACCACGUGUGUCCCUGGGCAGAUGUGUGGCCACUACACCCAGGUGGUCUGGGCAAGCACGCAUCAGAUCGGCUGCGGGUCAAAGUUUUGCGAGAAGAUCGAAGGAAUUGAAACAGAGGACAUGUACCUCCUCGUUUGCAACUAUUAUCCCCCGGGUAAUAUGAAAGGCCGAAAGCCCUACAAGGAAGGACCCUCCUGCUCGCAGUGUCCUGAGGGCAGAGUCUGUGUCAACUCCCUGUGUGAACCCACUGUAGAAGAGACCACUCCAGCCCCUGUGACAACAAAGGCAAGCCCAUCCACCCCAACCACAGCCAUGCCAAAACCCACAACACCAGUACCCACCACGACCACAGCCAAACCAGAGCCCACAACACCACCCAAACCUGCAACACUAGUACCCAUCACAAUGACAGCAAAGCCAAAACCAGCCACCACACUCCCAACAAUCCCAGCCAAGCCAAAACCCACCAUGCCAGCACCCACCACCACUACUGCCAAACCAAAGCCCACCAUGCUAACAACCACCAUGCCAAAACCCACCACAACAACCACUACCACUAAGUCAACACCCACCACACCAGAACCCACAACUACCACUACCAAGCCAACACCCACCACCCCAAAACCCACCACAACAGCCAAGCCAACACCCACCACCCCAAAACCCACCACAACUACCACUACGGCCAUGCCAACACCCGCCACACCAAAACCCACCACAACCACAACGGCCAAGCCAGCACCCACCACCCCAAAAUCCACCACAACCACCGCUACAGGCAAGCCAACACCCACCACUAUGGCCAAACCAGCACCCACCACACCAAAACCCAUCACCACCACCACAACAGCCAAGCCAGCACCCACCACACCAAAACCCACCACAACUGUGGCUAAGCCAAAACCUGCCACCUCCAAGCCAACACCCACCACACCAACACCUACCACCACUACAGCCAAGCCAACACCUGCCUUUACAGCAUCAGCAAAGCCAAAACUCACCACUACAACAUCAGCACCUACUACAACAGCAAAGACAGAGCCGAAAAUUGCCACAACCACAAAGCCAGAACCCACUGAAACAGAAAGACAUGAUCCUACAGAGGCAACUGGCCUAACUCUUUCCUUUGAGCCCACGUUAGACCUGGAUUAUAAAGUAUCUCCAGAAGUAGAGGUAGACACUGGAGAGCCUGUUAGUCCCUCAACUACAGAGGAUCCAGCCUUGUUAGAAAGUGUGGGCACAGCCUUCAGCCCCAGAUCAGUCCCGGGAACAGAUAAAGGUGUCAAAGAGGAUGGAAAAGAGAAAUCAGCCUUUUCCAGUCCAUCUCCAUCCCUCAGCCAAAUAGUUCCAGAGUCCAAGUUAGGUUUCAAUAAAACUGAGCUCAUAAUCCCCUCAAAGUCAGUGGUCUUCAGCCCUGAAGAGCCCACCUUCUUGCGCUUAACAUCAUCUUCCAAAGAAAAAAAAGGGAAGAGCCCUGCUUUCCAGACCUCCCUCUCAGCAGGUGCCCUGGACACUGAGGAACUGGAGGCAAACUCAGACCAGAAAAGCAUGGAUCAGCCCACAGCUGGAGCCCCCAGUACCUCCUUGGGGCUUUCACUCUUCCUCCUACCUGGUGUCAUCCUGGUGGCCCUUCUGCUUUGAAUGGUCUUUCUCAGCUGUCCCUGCACCAGUCACCAAGGCUUCUUCAGCACUGGUUGUUCCACAACCCUGGUAGGCUUGGGAGACACCAUGGAUGAUUCAGGUUGACGUGCUCUCUUCUUACGCUGCCUUAUUUGCUCCGACCCCGACGAGCCCAGGGCAGCUGGCAGUCCCAUGGAAACUUGGUCCCCUUCCUGAGGAGACCCAAGGGCAGGAGGGUGUCUGCCAUAAUGCUGGUGACCUUGGACGCUUCUCCUUUCUUCCUGGCCAGCCUGGGCUUCUGGUCCCAUUUCCAAACUGGAGGUGAUGAGCUGUCCCACCCACCUGUGUGGCUGGCGGGCCCCGCCGCACCGAGUCCCCGAGGAAAGCCGAAUGGCUUGGAAAACCAAGUGGGGAUGAGACGUGGUCGUUGGUUUUGGCGUUUGUAGAUGAGAUGUGGUGGGGGGGGGUUGGCAUUUGUCAGGACAAGUUUCUAACAAAAAUGCGCUUUCCCCCUCUUGAUGUGUUUGUCUCCAUUUUGGAGAAGUUUCUUCCUUCCAUGUCCAAGAAGAGCGGCUUUUUUUCCUCCCACAGGAGGGGAUUUCUACUUCCUUCCUGGUUCUGGUACAGCUGUGGCCAGAACUACCCAGAUCUGCUCCUUUCUCCUCCUCAUGCCUCUGCAACCCUUCCUCCUCCCUUCAUCCUCCUCUCUGCCGCCUGUACCCAUUCCACAGUUAGUCCAUUGCCAUGACCUGACUUUACGCGUGUGCCUGCACCCGUGUGCGCGCACAGAAGAAAAACCCUCAGUGUUAAAGAGGCUCCUUCAUCCAGCUUCCUUCUGCAUGGCUUCCUUCUUUGCAUAACUUAAGUGUAGUUGAAUUUAGAUCCCGAUCCCAGUUGAUGUAUAUUUUGCGUGUGGUGGAACCUGGUCCAGGAGAAACAAGUCAUCGCGUGCACUGGUACAAACUGAGCUCCAGAGAGCCAAGUGGAGGAUGUUAGAGGUUACUGGUGGUUCCAGGACUUGUUGGAGGAGCGAUUUGGUUGUCUGGGACACUGUGUGUUUUAUUCCUCCAUGUCCUUCACCUGAGGUUUCCCAAAAAGGUGUGUUGAAUAAGCGACAAGCUUUGCAGAGCGGUGGAAGGGACUAGGAGACAUAGUCCCUCCUCUGGCUGGAGCAUCCUUUGGUUUCUUAAACAGAGGAGGUGGAGAAUGACCUAAAGACCAAUACUCGUGUCUUCCCCUGUGACGCUGUGUCCUGUGCAUCCCUAGAACGUGCACUGAAUAAAUCCUGUUGUGAAAGUC